AUGGCGCUGAAAUCGUUGUUCAUUGUGGCGCUGCUGAUCGGCACCAGUUUGGCCGGUUGGGAGGAAGACCUGUACCUGACAAAGCGUCGUCUUCCCCGUGGACUAGUGCUACCGCUUGCGCCAAACACCAACGAACGUAUUGUCGGUGGAUUUGAGGCAAACAUUGCCGACUUUCCGUACACGCUGUCGCUGCGUCAGAAUGGGGCACACAUUUGCGGUGCGUCGGUAAUUUCGAGCAAUUUUGCGCUUUCGGCGGCUCACUGUACGUUCCCAGCACCACCAGUUACGGCGAUCACUCUGCGUGGUGGAAGUACCGAUCGUACGGCUGGAGGCAUUUUGUUCCAAGCGGCUGAAAUCAUCAACCAUCCGUCUUAUUCGGACGGUAGCCUGGACUUUGAUGUGUGCGUUAUCCGCAUUACGACGUCGUUUGUUGGUGCGAACAUUGCUCCAGCUACGCUGGCACCCGAAGGAACAGACUAUCCGGCCGGUACGCGUACCGUCGUUUCGGGAUGGGGACUGACCAGUGCCAUCGGUUCACUGCCGAUCAAUCUGAUGGCGGUUGAUUUGCCGCUUAUCUCGCAGGAAAGCUGCCGUGGCGUUUGGGGUGCAGCCAGCGUUACCGAUAACAUGAUUUGUGCUAGCGAGCCGGGUCGUGAUGCUUGCAAUGGGGAUAGCGGUGGCCCACUGACCAACAACGGUCGUCAGAUCGGUAUCGUUUCCUGGGGAUCGCCUCUCUGCUUGGGCAACCUGCCGGGAGUGUACGCUCGCGUGGCCGCUCCAGGUAUUCGUGCUUUUAUUCGUGAGAAUGCCAAUGUUUAG